GAACAGUUGGCCCUGCCCAACAUCCCAAGGCCUAGCAAAGAAGCAGCUGACCACAUCGCCAGGCUGGAAAGGAGACAUCCUUGCUAUGUUCUCCGUAACAACAUCCCCAAAGGCGACAGAUAUAGCAGCAACACAGAAAGCGGUCCAAAAGCCCGCUCUGUUUCCCAAGCCCACCUUGAUGACGAUAUGUGUGUCGUUGGGCGUUUUCUCACAAGUGUCUUGCGCCUGGACCGAUUCUCAUGUGGCAACCCUACAAAAGACAGCAACGACACGGACGCGCCGGCUAGACCUACUGUCCCAUCGCCAACUGAAACGACCAAAUCAAUCAACAAGAAGAGAUUAAGGUCAUCAGGUCGACCUAGCCUCCGCCACCCACGCUGGGAAACCAGCGCCGCCGUGAACGAGCCCGUCACGGGUCUUUCUCCCUCGCAGAAGACCGUUACGUUUGGACCAGAAUCUCGAGUCGACUCUGUGAAUCCUAAAGGUCGCCCUAGUCUAUCAAUCAUCAUCCCAGAUAGCAGAUUAAGUCUGGACUCCGACGACGAACCACCGACGACGCCUAUUCGUACCUCGUUCGACUUUCCGCAGACUCCUCUUAGCUAUCUUCCGACUAUUCAGGAAGAGCUGGACAGCUUCUGCGUGGUCAAAAAAGAGCAGGAAGAUGCCUCCCCUUGCGUGCGGAGGAAGAAGUUGUUCAUGGUACAUCCCAACUCGCGAAUCCAUGAGUCGAGUGGGGAGAUGGCUUCGAAUUCCCAUCCAGAAGACCCCAACACGAUUGCCGCUAGAAGCCGCACUUUACGCAGACGCGGAGCCAUUGACUUCGGCAAGGAGCAUAUGAAAGAACCUCAAGAAUCCUCCCCAUCCCCCGUCCUCCCAGAGAGCCCAAACCACACACCCCCUUGCCCCAUUUCACCAGAAUCCCCCACCAAACCAGCACCCACCCCCGAAGCCUGGUGGACGUGCUUCCCGCCCGCCGCCGUUCCCCACCCAAACGCCCUCACAGCCUCAAGCCCCCUCUCCAUCCACGCCAGUGACGAGAUGGCUACGCAGCAAAGGAGUCGACCUAUCAACGCUCCAAUCAAUCUCACAGACGUGAGCCAAGCACACUCCGCCACCAGUCUCACAUAGGCUCCCGCUUCCACCGAAGAGUCCUCCCCAGUCUUAGUCCGCACAUCCCUCGGGCGCGGCGACGAAACCACCGAAGCGCAGUGGCGGACGCAUGUCGGUGAGCCGAAUUCCUUCGUGGGCAGGAGCCCGACAUCCUCGACGGCGGGUGUUGCGGGGACGCCGCCGCUGUCGCUGGUGCCGGUACUGGCGGAGGCAGACGAUGCUGCGACUUGGGCUGGAGACGUGUUGAGGUGGGGCUUAAGGGAGGUGGUGAUGGGGAGG